AAAGAUCGCCAAGAAAAUCUGCAAGCCAAACAACCGCCUGGGCUCGCCCAGAAAACUGUAAGGCAACUUUGUGUGUGUGCGUGUGCGCGCUUGUGCGUUUUUGGAAAGGACUCGAAGGAUUAAUAAAAGGAGGGCGAAGGAAACCGAACCAAGGAGAGCGCGUGGAAGUGGGGGAACCCAAAGUGGAGCGAAGGCACCGUUUCCUGCGGAGCGCUUGGCCCCCUGAGGCAUGGAAGUCGGCGCCCUCCCUCCAGGCCAGAUCAGCGCGCCGAGGUCUGUGAGCAGGAGGGCUCCCCAUCAGCUGUCCCCUCGCCUCUCCCCGGGGUUCCCCCUUCCAGUAUGUUUCUUUUCAUGAGGCAUCUCCCCGCGCCCAGAGCUUCAGUACAAUGUGCAAAUGGAGACUGAUACAGGGUGCCUCAGCCUUCGCCCACCUGCCUUCCUCCUCCUCCUCCUCCUCCUCUUCUUCCUCCUCCUCCUCCUCCCGCCGCCGCCGCAGCUUCGUCUUCCUGCUGCUGCUCUGGAUGUCGUCGUCCCUGGCUGCCCCCUGCCAUGAGCACGGCCAAGACAUGCUGCUCCUCAAGGCCACCAACUCUUCGUCGUCGUCGUCGUCGCCAUCCUCCUCCUCUUCCUCCUCCUCGCCCGCCAGCGCGGGGAGACACGUGCGGAGCUACAACCACCUCCGAGGAGACGUGCGCUGGAGGAAGCUCUACUCUUACAACAAGUUCUUCCUCCGGAUUGAGAAGAACGGCAACGUCAGCGGCACCAAGAGGGAGAACUGCCCUUAUAGCAUAUUGGAGAUAACAUCAGUGGAAAUUGGAGUUGUAGCAGUUAAAUCCAUUAGCAGCAACUAUUAUCUAGCCAUGAACAAGAAUGGAAAAGUCUAUGGUUCGAGGGAGUUUAACAAUGACUGCAAACUAAAGGAGAGAAUAGAAGAAAACGGAUACAAUACGUACGCGUCGCUGUUUUGGAGAAACAACGGGAGGCAAAUGUUUGUGGCCUUGAAUGGAAAGGGAGCCACAAGGAAAGGACAGAGAACCAGGAGGAAAAACACAACCGCUCAUUUUCUCCCCAUGGUCGUCGAGCAACAGAUGAAGGGCCUGUUCUAUUGAUAGCAGUUGAACCAAAGAUCAUUUGUCAGGAAUACUUGGUAAUCCUCUUGAAGAGGAAAGGCAGAAACAGUGCAGACGUCUGCUUGAUUGAAAAGAGGGGGGAAGCCUUUGAAGGUUUUGUGCUCUCUGCUGGCACGUGAAGUACUGCUAAUUAGUUCUGUGUCAUAUCUUAUAAUCAAGACACAAGCUGAAUCAAAUGGGAUGGGAGCUCUUUCCAGUGUGAACAAAAUUAUUAUUAUUAUUAUUAAUAUUAUUUUUUAUCUCCGCGAUAGAACUUAAAGGACAUGAGACAAUGUAUGGAAUGAUGUUGGGGGAAAGUUAUUUAUGGAAUACUAACUCAUAUCAAAGACCUUCAUUGCUCAUUCAAGCCUAAUGAUCCCAUGAACAGUUAGGCACGCAAGCAUUUACUGGAAAUUCAUGGAUCCUCAUAUGCAGCGAUAAAGAAGAUUCUGGAAUGGUCUUGUGAAAGAAAUGAAUAGGAUUAAGAAAUAUAAGCACAUUAGAGUAAAACUGUUCUAACAAAAUAAAUAGUAUGGUUCCCCCGC